AUGGAGAAAAACAGUCGGAUGCGCACAUUGAGCCACUACGCGUCCAACUUCUAUGUCUUUGCGCGGUGCCGUACCCGCAGCUCCUUCCCUUUGUGGCCAGUGGCUUAUACUCGUGCAUUAUUCCUUUGCAUGCUGAUCGUCGAGGCUGUCCAUUUCAACCUUGCCACGCUGGUCAGGUACCUACUCGAGACUACAAGUUGCCCGCGAAUGCCGGAAUCUCUUCGGCGCUGCAAGUACCUCAUCUUCUCAUGCAUCACCGUGGCACAGCACAAUACUCUACCUGCAGAGCUGCCUGUCAGGCAGCAGCCCUCCCGGACCACGACAACAUUUUGCAGCCGCCCGGGUCCCAAGUCCCGGGACAGCAACUCCGCAGCCAAGGCACCCGGGACCCCCUACUAUACGGAAGAGGGCGCUCCAGCGAGCGGUGACAAGGGCGAGCCAGAGCACCACAUCCACAACAUGGCGCCUCGAGUUCGCUACCGAGAGCUCCUAACAUGGCUGUCCAAAGAACAAGUCGAGGGGCGGGGGCACGACAUCUGCAUCAUAGUGGAGACGGCCUGGAAAGAGGACUUGGAGUACACGGCCGCUGCCGAGGGUAAUCCAGAUGCCAAGUGGCAUGCUGUCCACAGCUCAGGGCCCGAACAUUCGGGCAUACUUUGCUUGAUCCGAGCAGGAGUGGCCAGCCCAGAGAGCCUCCGCUAUCAUGUCCUCAGUCCUGGCCGGCUCCUCCACCUUCGCGUCCUGUUCCAGGCGCCGUUCGACAUACUUUGCACUUAUCAGUGGGCCUGGAAUCCUGGGAAUGCCGCGUUCAGGGGAAACACCGCAUCAACCAAAAAAACGAAGCAACACCGCGACCUCUGCAAGCUCAUAGACAAAUGGCUAGGAAGCAGACCUCAGCGUAGCUUUGUGGCCCUUGCAGGCGACUUCAAUGCUGGCCUGGUCGCCGAGCAAACGGUUUGCGGCCAGGGCGUGGUUAAAGAAGCGGGUGCGGCACAUCCAGACCAAAGUGUUUUCCAGGAACUUCUACGCACACAUAGACGCUGCGCUCUUAACACCUGGACAGGUAGAGGCCGCAAAGCCCGCACCUACAUACCUCCCAACGCCACAGCCCAGCAUGGAUCUCAGAUAGACUUCGUCAUUGUGAAGGAUAUCCAUGCGGAUCAUAUCGCCAGGAAAGCGGCGCCCUUCGUGUCGGAGCUCGCCCAGAAGACAGGCAGUGACGGCUCGGCUCCCACCGAAACAGGUCAACAGUCCAACAUACUCCACCACGAGGUGUCCAUGGCCCUGUCUCACACAGCUUCAGAGGAAGCACCCGUUGCAGACCUGGACCACAUGCUCUUGAAAGGCUGGAAGAGUGCAGUUACUCGAAUGGACCCGCAAGGCGGUCAACGGCCUGCACCAAGACAGGAUGCUCUCACCCCGCAGGUGCAGGCAAUGUGGCAGACCAGGGACGUGCUACACCGCCCAAGCGUGUCUCUAGGGCGAUGGAGGCGGGCAGGGGUGAACUUGAGGACAGUAUUUCAAGUCUGGGCACACACCACUCGUCUGCAGACACAGACCCGGACUUUACGCCAGGCCUGCCGCUACAAGAAGAUCCAGCGCGUGGCCGAAGUGGUGGUGGCGGACAAUGUGUUUCAAGCAGCCAAGCAGUUCGCCCCUCGCAACCCGAGGCGCAGGCUACAGUUGCGCACUGCCGACGGCCAGCUGCAAACCCAUGAGGCCGAGUUCCAUCAGAUAGUUCAACACUUCAAGGACCUCUACGACGGCCCAGAGUCCGCGCACCCCACCCUCUCGGAGGCCGUCGGCAUUACGCUGUCGGAGCUGAAUUCGGCCUUCGACCGACUCAAGCCAGGCAAGGCCCUCCCCGGAACCAGUGCACCGGCAGCCUUGUGGAAAUGCUACAAGCUGCAGGUCCUACCGUUCUUGAGGCUCCAGUACGACCACCACCUCCAGCCCGGAGCCACCAGCUUACCCAGAGCAUGGUGCCUAAGCGAGUUGGUACUAUUACCCAACCCGGGGACCGGGGAAACCUAUGAAAUCCCCGACGCACCUCAGGCCGAUCUCACUGCUGCCACUCCAAGCCAAACUCCUGGCGGCGGUUCUUGCCAGCAGACUCCAAGGCCCGGCCAAUGUCUUCUUGCAGAAAUCCCGCAGUACGCUUAUGUCAGCGGCCGGUCUUUGUCACAGGCCCUGGAGAGAGUCAUUGGCCAUUGUGCAAGUGUCCGCAAACUCGUUCAGGCCAGCGCCAACAACAUACAUGGCAAACGUCAGGGACGAGCCGGGCUCGGCCUCUACGGAGGCUGCCACCUCUCACUCGACAUCUCCUGUGCUUACGACCAUGUUCCUUGGCAGUCCCUGGACAAAGCUCUCCAGGCCGCGGCGGUACCAGCACCUCUCACACAGGCCAUCAUGCUCAUACAUCACACAGCCGGCCUGCGCAUUAAACACUGCGGUCUCGAACAAACUGUCAGUCUCCGGCGCGGACUCCACCAAGGCUGUGGUUUAUCACCACUGCUGUGGGCAGUGUACUGCGGAUGGCUGUUGCAAGGCAUGUCCGAGCCUGAGGUUCUCGACGUUCUUCAGACCAAUACUAGUUAUGCCGACGACAUGCACUAUGCUUGGACAAUCUUGAAUGGCAGGGACCUCGAAAAGGCUUACGCGGCCAUGAAGCACAUCCUGACCUACCUGUGCAG